UAUUAAUUAAAACGCCAUUUUGUGUUGUUUUCUAUAUUAACCUCGAGUUUUCUUUAAGGAUUUCGUUGUUGUAAUUUUUAUACGUGAACAUGUUUUGCGUUCAGGAGAAUAAGUCACCACACUCAGAUCCAUUUAGAAAUUCAGAAAAGGAUCCUCUCAACACUCAGUCGGAAUCUAGUGACGAUGAGCCUAACGCAAAAAGACUAAAAUUUACAAGCCCUGACUUAAAUCUCAAGCUUUAUCAAAUCCCAACGUUUAACACACCAAAGUCUCUAUCAAUAUAUCCAACAACAGCAAGCAGUACUCUCCCAAAAUUCGUAAACAACCCGUUAAAUUUAGCUAAUCCACUAGCAUUCGCUACAAGCAGCUUACAAACUAACAACAUAGUAAAGAACCUUCAAAGUCGGUAUUCAUUACCGGCUAAACUAUCCAUCACUCCGGUUACGAAGUCUGUGUGUGAUGGGGAGAUCGUUAGGUAUAAGAAAAAUGGUGAAAUAGCUAAAAAACGAGGCCCUCCGAAGGGUUAUAAACGGAAACCCAAGCAUUUAUCGCAGAAUUUUUCCAAUGGAGCUCUACUACAGGCACAAAACACAAUCCUAACAAGUUUGCUGGCGGCAACAAAUACAACACUGACAACAGUGACGGCCCCACCGACGCCACCUGAACCCGUGCCGGAAAUUAAAUUACCUCCCGGCACAGAAUUAGUAGAAUUACUCUUAGACCCUGAGGAUUGGUUCCCGACGGAGCCCUAUAGAAUGGUGUUCAGCAGAAAAAAGAAUCCAAAAUGGAAAAACUUUCCGUACAGAUGUGAACACUGCUUCAAGGGCUACCGCGUGGUGUCGACGCUGGUGAGCCACUCGGCGGAGCGCCACGGCUGCCCGCCGCGCUCGCUGGCGCUGGCGUGCCCGUGCUGCCCGCACGUGUCGCUGCGCCGCAAGCAGCACAAGAAGCACCUCGAGGGCCACGAGGGCAAGCGCCGCCGCAUCUUCUGCCCCUACUGCCUGCCGCCCGCUGACCCCUCCGAGCCCUACGUGAAGGAGUCAAUAAAGUACCCGUUCGACAAAUUCCCGCAGUACUGGUACGCUUCAGAAGAAUCUCUGCGUCUCCACAAGAAGAGAAAACACCCCUACGCGGCCUUGUUCAACAACAACUGGUUCUAUACUUGGGGCGAGAACGCACCUAACAGCUAAUGAUAUAACAUACCACCGGUGAUAAUGUAGGUAUUUUAUUUAUAAGUAUUUUGAGAGAUAUUUGUGAAUUGCGUCACAAGUAGGACGAAUAAAUCAAGUAAUAA